UUUUUAUCUUUUAACAGGAGAAUAUAUAAUGAUGUUCUAUGAGAUCUCGCUUUAGACAUCAACAACCUGGCAAACGAAAUGGUCAACCUUAAAGUUCUUCUUUCUUUGAUUGCUGUCAUUGGAGUUUUUAAGCUGAUUGCAGGCUCUUCUGUUAUUUGGUACCAUUAUCAGACUAGCCAACCGAAAGGCCAAGAUUAUAAGGUCUUUCAUUAUUUCGACUUUGAAGAUGGAAUGGUAGUCAGCUCUUAUGAAGCAAGAUAUGAUGGCACUGAGUGUUACACCAUUACCAACUUUACCUUAAGAGUGGUUGAUGGGGAACCAGAUUUUACUUUGGACAAGUCACUCGGCGAUUGUAAAUUGUAUCGUGUUGUCAGACUGCACAAUGAAACCGCCAUUGAACCGUACAGGAUCGUCAAAGUUAUUGUUUCAAACAACUUUAAUAGAAAUACUGAAGAAUGUGUUUCCACCUCUGGGUCAUAUCACGUGGUUUUGACCAAAACGCGGACUCCUUCAAAACAAGAAAAACGGAAAAUAUCGCAUGAUUUGAAAACACUGGGCAUUAGUGGACUUUACCUGACAAAUCUUUCAGUUUGUCCUGACCCAGUUUGA